CGCCUAGCCAUCACCGGAAGUGCUUCUAGCUAAUAUCCUUCACUGGUCUCCGUCCAUAACAACGGGAUCUUUAACGGUCUAUGACUCCAUCCCAUUGUUGGUGCGGCUUUCAGUUCCUUAGGAGUUUAUUUCUUUAUUGAAAGUCAGUGUGCCACCCUCUAGCUACAUUUACAGGCGGUAACGUUAGCCGUCCAGUGCUCUAUCAUGCCGGGGAUGCAGCUGCUCAGACUGCUGGUCAACGAGCGACUGGCAGCGGCUACCGAGGAAAUCUUUGGACUUGUUGAGAAGACGAUAGCGGAGUACCAGGAUGAAGCUGUCCACUCCAGGAGAAAGAUAAUCCACCUGGAACAGCAGAUCCAGCAGCUUACCGUUUUACAACCUGAAGUAAUGUUAUUCCAAGCAGACAUCCCGCCAGCCUCUGAGGAGAUUUUGCCAGACCAGUUUUCCAAUGUGGAGGAUAAUGAGACCCAUGACUCUCAGCAGGUCAAACAGGAGCAGGUGGAUUGGUGUAUCAGUCCAGACAUAGAGCCGAGUACUUCCAACGAUGCUAAAGUCAGACAUCCUAAAUCAGAACCAACCACUAACUGUGAGCUGUUCCCAUCUUCCACAGCUGAAACUGUGAGCGUAAACGCAUACAAAGGUGACAAAUGGGAUGAACAAGAUGAUUCAUCGUUGCCUUGUUACAAUCAACUGGUGCAUCAGUGUAUCAUUCCAGACCUUAAUGGUGACUCGUCCAAGGACGUAAAUGUCAGACUUACUGAAUCAGAUAAAACUGCUCAGUCAGACUGCCAGCUCUUUCCAGCUUUCAGCACCAUACCUUUAACAUUAAAUGAUGAUCAAUUGAUUGGGAGUCCCAGUGACAGUGCUUCAACAGAGCAGGAACAAGCCCAGAGGGACGAAAAGGCUUGCCGUUUCUGUGGCAAGCAGUUUAACAGGGACUCUGAUCUGAUAAGACACGUUUAUAAGAUUCAUAUGACUGCAAAGGCCUUUAAAUGCUCUGAAUGUGACAAGGAGUUUGCGUGUAGGGGCCAUCUGGAUGCACAUUCAAGAAUUCACAGAGGUGAAAAACCACACAAGUGUUCUUUCUGUAGGAAGUCAUUUGCUCAAAAGUCAAAUCUCAAUGUUCACUUGAGGUUGCACACAGGGGAAAAGCCAUAUUUUUGCAAAACAUGUGGAAAAAUGGUUACCUAUAGUUAUCAUCUCCAAACGUGUGGUAUGAAGGAGCAAAAGGGAAGCAAGUCAUUUUGCUGUAUGGUUUGUGGUAAAAGGUUUCACUCAGCUUCAAAACUGGGGGUCCAUAAGAAGAACCAUGAAGCGAGGAAACACCACACUCUUUUGUAGUCUUUUGCCUGAUCAUCAGACUGAACUGACAUCUGUUUUAUGUCAGUGAUUAUUUUUUAUUCAUCAUUUGAGUUUCUGAGCAAGUGAAAAAUGUAGGCGGCAAUUCAGAGGUCUGGAAGGGCAAAGACAAACACUUCAGACGGCUAAGAAAAUGUCUUCCGUUGCAGACCUCAACUAGACUGAGUAAACUAGUGGUGUUUCAAAAAACAAGUUGUUUACUCGCAAAGACAAUUGAGACACUAACCAGUAAAGUUAUCCCGACUGGUCUAGACUAAACUGUGGCUAACGGCACCAUGCUAACCCUGCUAACGGCUAACGCUCCCGGAGGAGCAGGCAAGCGAGCCACUGGUGUUUACUUGUGGCCUGUUCAGCGGCCGUAGUUGACAGCGGUGAGCUAUU